AGUAUCUUUCGAUCCGAACAUUCUUUCUUCCAUAAUAAUAUAUCGUGUCAAAUUAAUUACAAACUUUAGUAAAUUCUUACCAGAAAAUCAGCUAUUACUACGUUAAAUUGAUUCCAUUUCACCGUAUACUUAAAUCAUCGUGCCAUUAAAUAUGGUUUUACAAGAAGAUGUUCAGAGAAAGUUUGAGAUGACCCAAAAGCUAAUGGAGGUUUAUGAAUGGUUAUUGAGUAUGUAUCUGUUGGACUUUUAUGUUGACCACCAAUGGAAUACACUUCCUGAAUCAUGGCGUGAAAGUCUUCAGGCUAUGGAUCCCGAGGAUUUGGGAACCCUUCUAUCAGGUGCACCAAUAAAACAUAUGCUACCAUUAUCUUUUUUAUCAUUAGUUAAAUGUGCCCAAACUCUAAGCAUAUCUCGAAAAAGGAAUAUUAACUGUAAACCUAAAAAUAUUGAAGACUUUCCCCAUUCAGAGAUUGGUAAUAAUCCUAAAUUAACGAAUCUAUUCUUGAAACAUGUGAAAUUAAAGAAAAGGCAUGAGAUAAAUUUAAUGGCUGAGAUUGUCAAUGAAACGGCAAAACUAAGUAAUUGUGGAGCCGUACUGGAUUUUGGUUCUGGCUUGGGGCAUCUCAUGCGGGUUUUGACUUACAAAUAUGAUUUAUAUACAAUGGGUAUUGAAUGUCAGUCGCAAUUAACAGAGCAAGCUAGAACUUUCGACUUGGAACUAGAGUACACAGCAAGGAAGCAUCUGUCAGAAGAGUUAAUGUCUAAACUUAAACGACCUACGCAUUUAAACUUAACUUUAACAUCUUCUGAGCAGUUGCUUCAAUUGCCAUUAACCGCUAAUAUUACAGAGUAUGGCUUAGUCGGUCUUCACCCGUGCGGUGACUUGGGACCGUUGUUGCUUAAACAUUUUGUUACUUGCGAAAAAGUUAAGUUUAUUUGCAUAGUUGGUUGUUGUUAUAUGAAAUUAUCUUGCGAUGCUGAACCUUACGGAUAUCCUAUGAGCGAUUAUGUUAAGAAGUUAGGAAGUAGAUUAUCUUAUAAUAGCAGGGAGAUAGCUUGUCACGCUAUUGAGACAUAUUCCGAACGGUUAUUGAAAGGACAGUAUGAUUAUUUGAAGAUUCAUGCAUUCAGAGCGGCACUGGAGAAAGUGUUGGUGGAACAUGAUCCUGCAUUGAAACAUUCCCCUGUUCGGAGCAUCAAACACUCAAAUACCAUGACUUUUAAAAGUUACUGCUGUGCUGCGCUGUCGCGACUGGACGUUACAUUGUCUGAUAGCGCGUUGUGCGCGGGCGAGGCGUGUUUGUCGCAAUGGCGGCGCGUUGUGCUGCUGUACUCGUUGCGGCUGUUGCUGGCGCCGCUGGUGGAGACUCUCGUGCUGCUCGACAGAAUGCUCUAUGUUCUUGAACAUGGUCUCCAUUGCGAGAUACGGCCCGUCUUUGAUCCGAAGAUAUCGCCCCGCAAUCAUAUUAUUAUCGGUAGAAGAAUGUAGUUCUUUUUUCAUCAAUGCUUCUUUCAUCAAAUAUAAUAUAUGCU